AAAUACUCGAACGCUUGUAAACUUGGUUAUUCGAAUCUUCUGAAGUAUCGAAAUAUUCAACUUGUUGGGCAUUGCGCAAAGUACGCCGACAACUUCAGAUGGCGCACGAUUUGCUGCACUUCUGUGCAAAUAACCUCGUUACACCAUCGUUCGAACGGUGGUGAAUUUACAAAUUUAUAUAACAAAUAAAUCACGCGUGUUAAAAUGAAUUCCUUAAACAUAAUUUUACACGUGUAACUCGGCGGUCGUAGAAAUUCCAUAGACAAAGUUUCGUAUGUACACGAAGAAAGUAAAGGUUGACGGUACGCCGUAUUGGAUUACAGUGUAAUAGAAGAAAAUACACGUACUGGUUUCCAUAACUAUUCAUACGAAGGAAACAAUAAUUUGUAAUGCGUUUACGCACAUCGACGAGUACCGCUUGGUUAUCAGUAGUGACAGGACCUAACUUAACAUGAGGUGAAACUAGGUUCAUCAAGAUUUUAUAUAAUAUUAGCUUCCAGUGUUUUUCAAACAAUACUACGCAAUGGAAGCCCAUGAAAACGAACAGUAUGUUACGUUUCCUCUUUCUGGGGUACACGACGGUGUACAAGAUAAUAUGGUAUCUCACGAGGAGAUAUGCGAACCUGUCGAUGAGUGCAUCCUUCAAGAUGGUCUUACAGAAGUAUCUGUCGCAGAUGUCAAUUCUGGUAUAACAGAGGCACAGGUUGCAGUUGAAAUUUUAGCAGAACAUUCCGAUGAGGAAGAUGAGAACCGUGUAGUAUACCCUAUAUAUAUUAAACAAGAGGAACAGCAACAAUACACGUCUGGGGACGACGAAUCCAUGGCUGUGGAAGCUCUCAGACAACUGGGUGGGAUGUAUCCUUGUUUUGAAGAUAAAAAAGUAUCUUGUUCUAAUUGCGCAAACCUUUUCACGCAAGAUGAGAUGGCCAAACAUCAUACUACGUGCACCUCUACUAAAUUAUCUUGCAUGACUUGUGGGGAAAGAUUUGAAAGAAAAAUAGACCUCAACAAUCAUAUGGUUUGUCAUCAAGUGGAUAGGCCGCAUGCUUGUAGAACUUGCGGUAAUUUAUUUCGUUCAAAAAACAACUUAAGAUGUCAUAUGGUAGAAGUACAUCAAGUAGAAAGACCUCACAAGUGCACAAUAUGCGGAGCAGAUUUUCAGAGGCCUUCUAGUUUGUCUAACCAUAUGAAAAUUCACACAUACGUCGCUGGACGUGCUAUCAUGCAAUCUCAAAGUACUCAGUCUGAGGAAACAUUUGGAAAGUGGUCGGAAGAUAUGACCGAAUCCCAGAACAAUCAAGCACCAUCUUCAUCUGUACAAACAGUUCAAACUUACGAUACAGUUCACUGGACGGUUCCCUCUUAUAAUUUUCACAAUGAACAGUCAACAGUAAAUACAAUAUCCAGUCCUCAGGAAAAAAUAGACACUCUACAUGAAUUUACUGUAAUGCCAAAUGGAGAAGUAACACAGUUCGAAUACACUCAGCAAAAUAAUCUAAGUAACCAAGUCAAUCAACAAUACAAUCUCUCAUUGAACUCUUUUAGUAAUACAGAUGCAAUAGUUAAAGUUGAAACAUUAUCAUAUAAUAAUGAAACUAAGAGGAAUUAUGUAGGAAUUGAAACAAAUGGUACAAAGCAACAUACUUGUAGACACUGCGGAAUUAGCUUUUCUCGUGCAACAGCACUGGUGUCCCAUGAAAAAAUUCAUGCAUCUAAAAAUUGGAAUAUGCCAAUAGAAUGCGAAUACUGUGAUAAACAGUUUCAAGAUGGCAAUCAUUUAGCUACUCAUCAAACAACUUGCGCGAAAAAAAUGAUGCAAAAUAAUAUAGAACAAGGUACACCUAACAAUAAGUGGGGUAAACAUUCGUGUUCCGAAUGCGGUAAAAAAUUUACAACUAAACAAAAAAUGUUCAGGCACCAAUGGAUUCAUAGGAAAAAAACCCAUUCCUGUGAAGUAUGUGGAUCUCAGUUUGAAAAACAGAAUCAAUUGGACGAGCACAGAUUAUCAGCCCAUCCUGGUGAUUCGCCAUUUACUUGUACAGAGUGUGGUAAAAGUUUCGUAUCUCGUCAGGGUCUUUGGGAACACGGGAGAACGCAUGCUGGAAGUCCUGCUCAUUUUCAUUGCGACACAUGCUCCAAAACGUUUUCAUCUAGACAAGGAUAUUUAAUACAUCACCGAACUCAUACCGGAGAGAGACCAUACGGCUGUAAAUUUUGUUGGAAAGCAUUCAGAGAUGGCGGAACAUUAAGGAAACACGAACGUAUUCACACAGGAGAAAGACCACACGUUUGUCCUCUGUGUUCAAGAGCAUUCAAUCAAAAAGUUGUUCUGAGAGAACACGUACGAUGGGUUCACGCGGCAGGGAAAAACGAAACUGAAGUAACCGGACCUCCGUUCUCUUGUCCUAUAUGCGGUGCUCUAAAUCAAGAUCGCGACGAAUUAUGCGCACAUAUCGUUAAACACUCUGACCAAAUGAUAGCAGAAGCAAAAGCCAAAACAAACAAUAACGCGUCAAAACCCAAGUCAGUUAAGAAAAAAUCAAAAGCAUCUCUGACUACUAACUUACCAGAAAAACAAGGAUCUGGAAAUCGUUUAAUUUCGAAAGCUGAACAGAACGAAGCGCUUUUGUCUAUUACUGAAACAAUUAAAUCGGAAGAUUUAAAUGAUGAACAGAAUAGUACUUUCCUUGUAGUCACCACAGAAAAACGUAAUGAAAAUUAUAUUGCAAUAUCAGAACUUAAAUCUGAAAAUGUACAAUUGAUAGUUAAUGAAAAACAAGAAGAAAAUAUGCAUAUUUCGCAAACUAAUCAUAGUCAUGGAGGCACUUCUGAACAGGAAGGAAGCAGUCUGCAUCCGACGACCAGUCAUAGCGAAGUAACUACAAUGCAUUUAAUACAAACUUCGAAACAAAAUAACACUUUACAUUUAAUAUCAAAGCAGAACGAAUCAUUGCCUGUUCUAACACUACCAAAUCCUCAGGACCACGAAAACUUUUCCAGUCAAAUCGCACAAAUAAAUAAUAGCGAUAUACCUAUGAAUAUGGUAACUCAUCAUUCAACUAGACAUGAUCAAAAUAUAAAAGACGAGGUUGGACAAGACACGUUAAUACAAGAGGGAGCAUCUCAGACAGCUGUAAUACAAGUCGUACAGUACCAUCAACACGAAAGCGACGACGGGGAGGAAUUAGUUUGUGGUAUUUGUGGAGAAUGUUUUGACGACAAAACAGUGUUGAUGGAACAUGUUAAAAUUCAUAUAUAAUUGACGUUAUUUUCUCGCUAUCCAAGUUUGUGAUAUUCUUGUGCUAUCAAUGUAACUAUGUAGGAAAUAACGAACUUGAAAACUUUUUAUGUUGGAAAAAGAAUUGCGAAAUAUAGGUAUCCAACAAUAGUAGUAGAGCACCAGUUUUCUAUGUGUCUUGAAAACGCACUGAUAUUAAAACAUAGGGAAUUUUCGAUUAUAUUUAUACAUUUUUAAUUGAAUGAUUUAUGUUUUUGAUUUACAAUUCCCCGAUAUGCUUUUGCACAGUUAGGUUGUACACUAUACAUGUGGUUAAAUAAUGUACAUUUAUUAAAAUAAAAUUGGAUAGAUGAUGAUUUAUAUAUUAAGUGGAACAUAUUUAUAGUUAUGUUGAGGAAAAAGAAGAAAGACAUAUCGUAAAAAAUUAACCUGAGGUUUACGUAGUUCUGCUUGAUGCAAUUUUAUAAAUUGUUUGGUCUUUUGAAUUAAUGUAUCGAUUUACGAUACGUAAUUUAUAAAUGAGCCAAAUGCCACAUACGAUGUAGAAUAUGAAGUGCAAUAAGAAAAUAAAGUGCAUUUUAUUUUCUA